UCUAUUGGUGUCUGUUGAUGGAAACGGCUCGGUAACGGUGAUAUAACGCGAUCCUACGCUAACUACAAUACGUACUAAAACACUCGAAUAAAACCCAAGUCGUACUGUGUUUUUGAUUACUGGCCUAGGUUUUUCAAGAGCGAUUGACGGAGAGAGUGGCCGCGACUGAAUCGGAAGACACGUAGUACGAAUUUCGGAAGAUAAAGUAUAAUCGGGAGUUCACAACCGCAGAAAUGACAGACCAUGUGCAGGAGCAGGAGAUGGAAAUUGAAGCUUUAGAAGCAAUUCUUAUGGAUGAGUUUCAAGAAAUCCACCCGAGUGAAAGUGGAUUGAACACUUCAAAACGAUGUUUCCAAAUUACUUUGUCUCCACAGGACGAUGAGAAUGAUGAAUCUUUUAGCACUCCAGUUCAGUUGGGGUUAAUUUUCUCACAUACAGAAAAAUAUCCAGAUGAAAUACCACUGCUAAAUGUGAAAAGUAUAAGAGGAAUUCACACCUCGGAUCUCAAAGUAUUGAAAGAAAAGCUUGAACAAGAGGCAUCAGAGAAUCUUGGAAUGUCUAUGAUCUACACUUUAGUUAGCUCAGCUAAGGAUUGGCUUUCUGAAUUAUAUGCUCAAGAUGCUGACAAUGAUGAUGGUGAAGAGGAGGUUGCAGAAAAGGAUGAGGUAAUUGUGCCUCAUGGAGAACCUGUGACCAUUGAUACAUUUGUGGCAUGGAGAGAGAGAUUUGAAGCAGAAUUGGCCCUUCAAAGAGCCAAGCUGAUGCCAGAAUCAGCACUUUCAGCACCCAAAGAAAAGAGACUCUCAGGCAGACAGUGGUUUGAAAGUGGAAGAGCUUCUUCUGUGAAAGGUGCAGUACCAAUGGAAGAUGGAUCUGAAGAAGAAGAUGAAGAUUUUGAUUUUGAUGAUGAGGAUGACUUUGAAGAUGAUGAAGAUGACAUGCUUGAGCACUAUCUAGCUGAGAAAUCAGACUCCUCAGUGAGAGCUACAUAGAGGCAUCAGACAUGUAAUAUUUUUCAAGUUGAAAAAGAGGAAAACUUAAACAACGUUUUACACAUACAAUCGUUUUUACACUCUGCAAGAUUGUGAUUGUAAGAUCGGUUUCAGAUUUUGAAGAUCCUACUAAAAUGAACUAGUCUCUAAAUUUGCGUGCAAGGUGUUGUUUGUGCGGUGUCC